CUCAAUAUAAUUUCGAGAAAGUUGUUCAAAGAAUUUGGUGGUCAUUUUACGUAUUUUGCGGAAUGAAGUAUGACUUAAAACUACCUAGUUCGGCUCAGCCCAAGACCGAUUUAGAUCUGGUCUUUAAUCACAUGAAUGAUUACUAA